CCCAACAAGGCAUCUCGUUUCUGACAGGCAUUGUGUUAUGUGCAUUGGUCGGUAAGCGACUUGGCGCGAGAGCAGCUGAUUCGGAGAUGACAUCCAGGAGCUCAUCGACGUUGCCAAUAGCUGUUCAUGAAGGAACACCAUUUCGACGAGGUCAGCUAGAAGAAGGAGAGCGUUGAGAAGGUCAGCAGGAGCAUUGGCCAGAUGCACCUACACCUCCACCAUAGAGACUCAAUCGACUCCAUUCAGCUUACAAAUCAUUCUUCUGUCGCGCGCCUAUCAAGAUUAUUGAUGCGCAUGGCCAUGACGUCACAACCAACUCUCCACCUUCAGCUGAUCCCCCAGACUCCUCAGCAUAUAAAGCCCUCGACUCCCUCCACCUCUACCCCUCCCUAUCAACCAUAACACUACCCCAAUAAUACUAUCACCAUGAACCUCGCAUCCAACACCGCCGCAACCGUGAUGGAUACCAUCCCCACCUCCACCACCAACGAAUCCCGCGAUCCUCCUAACGGGGAGACAAUGCGCGCCCUCGCCUGGUUCGGAAAGCACGAUGUCCGUAUCAUUGAUGCCGCGAAGCCGCAGGUUACUGAGCCCACUGAUGUCGUUGUUGCCGUUACUGGAUCUACCGUCUGUGGUUCAGAUCUCCACCUGUACAACGGAGAGAUUCUCCAGCUCCAGAAAGGCGAUAUCCUCGGUCACGAGUUCUGUGGUGUUGUCGAGAGUGUCGGGUCUUCCGUGUCGAAGUGGAAGGUCGGCGACCGCGUCGUCGCAUCUUUCCAGAUCGCAUGUGGACAGUGCGAGUACUGCAAGAAGGGUCUCUCGUCCAUGUGUGACACGACUAACUCCUCCCCCGUCAUGAACACCAUGUACGGCCACCGUUUCGCCGGUCUCUUCGGGUACUCUCACUUUGCUGGUGGCUUUGCCGGGGGACAGGCUGAAUACGUCCGUGUUCCGUGGGCCGAGACCAAUCUUCUCAAGAUCCCCGAUGAGGUUCCGGAUGAGAGAGCGUUGUAUUUGUCCGAUAUCGUGUGUACGUCUUACCACGCCUGCAAGGAAGCCAACAUCCAGGAAGGCGACGUCGUGGGUCUCUGGGGCUUGGGACCGAUCGGGUUGUUGUGUGCGCAGUGGUGUAAAUUGAUGGGUGCAAAGCGCAUCAUCGGAAUCGACAACGUCACCGACCGCCUGGACUUCGCUCAAAAGAAAUACGGCGUCGAACCCCUCAACUUUGCCGAGAAAGACACCUCGAAGGGUAUCCAGGAAAUGGUCCCCGGAGGCCUCGACAAAGCCAUCGAUUGUGCCGCAUUCCGCUACGCAAAGGGCAUGAUCCACAAAGUCGAGCGCGCAUUGGCCCUCGAGACCGAUACCUCCGAAACCGUGAACGAAAUGAUCACCCUCGUCAAGAAAUUCGGAACAUGCGUCCUCAUCGCCGACUACGCCGGCCUCACAAACCACUUCAACAUCGGCGCACUCAUGGAAAAGGGCGUCCGUCUCAUCGGAGGCGGUCAAGCCCCCGUCCAGAUGUAUUGGGAGGAGUUGAUGGACAAGUGGAUCAAGACCGACAAGUUCAAGGUUGAGGAUAUUGUGACGCACAGGUUCGGGUUGGAGGACGUUCCAGGGAUUUAUGAUGUUUUUGAUAAGAAGGAGGAGGGGAUUAUGAAGUGUUUUGUGGAGACGAAGCAUUCGAAGGCGCCGACGGCGGGCACGCCGAGGUUGAGUCAUAUUAAGGAGGGGAAGGUUGUUUCUGCUUGAGCUUGAGCGCGAGUGUGAGCAGU